UCAUUUAUGAUUUCAUGUCAAUACAACUGUCACAUUUCUGAAUUAACAAAAAAAAAAUCCUAUAUAUUUUAUUACUAUUGUAGUGUGUUCAGAUAGUGAUUUGGUUUAAUAUAUCGGCUACUAUUUUUUGGGAUAUUGAUAUUUUAUCAUUUGUCAUCUAAAAUUUCUAAGAUGUCUUCUGGGGGAGCUCUUUUUCCUAACGUACCUACAGUACUAGGGUACAGGGGAGGAGUCAAACAUGUGGUAGAGAUGCGAGCUGGAAAAAUGGAACUUAGGGGACGUACGAUCUAUCCUGAUAAACGUAAAGGAUUGAUUUAUGUUUUUCAAAGUGAGGAUUCACUUAUGCACUUUUGUUGGCAAGAUCGAACUACAGGAACUGUUGAGGAGGAUUUGAUUAUUUUUCCCGAUGACUGUGAAUAUGUCCGAAUUCCCCAAUGCACUACAGGUAGGGCAUAUGUUCUGAAGUUUAGAACUUCUAACAGAAGAUUCUUCUUUUGGCUUCAGGAACCUAAGACAGACAAAGAUGAUGAACACUGCAAAAGGAUUAAUGAAAUUUUGAACAACCCUGCCAGCAUUAAUUCUUCAGAUAACCCUAAUUCAGACCAUGAUUUACAGUCUCUUUUGAAUAGUAUGUCCCAAUCUCAGUUAAUUCAAUUAUUAGGAGGCAGUGGACAGAUGGGUCCAUUAUCUUCUCUACUUGGAACGAUAAGAGGUCCAGGUAGUGCACGUACUAGUACUACUCCUGCUAUCACUCAUCGUACUAUUCCAAGUACUCCAACAACUGCAACGAAUACCCAAAGUGCAUCGGUGAAUUCGGCGAUUCAAAGUACUCCCCAAAAUGCUCCGAUAUCUACAGCAACACCUGAAGCUCCUAAAAAAAAUACUUCUGCCUCAACAGAAGCAGCAGCACCUUCAACUCUACAACCAAUUCAGCUGUCUGACUUGCAGAAUUUUUUGCAGAAUAUCACUCCAGCUGUUCCUCAACAACAGCAAUCAGUUGACUUAUCAACGGCACUUACUACUGAUGCUUUAUCUGGAGUGUUAAAUAGUCCAGAAGCCUUGCAGCAAUUGCAGAGCCAUUUACCUCCUGUAGAAGAUACAACACCACAAGAAGCAUUGAGAACAACUGUUGCUUCUCCACAAUUCCAAAAUGCUGUCUCUCAGUUCUCUAGUGCCUUGGAAACGGGAAUGUUGGGUCCUGUGGUUUCUCAAUUAUCAGUUAAUUCUGAAGCUGUAGCAGCAGCAUCAGAGGGCAAUAUGCAAGAGUUUGUCAAAGCUUUAGAAAAAAAUGAUGCAGAUUCUGGAGAUGCCAAAAAAGAUAAUAAACAAGAAAAUCGCAAAGAUGAUAAGGAUGAUGAAAAAAUGCAAUUAGAUUAAAGUAUCUCUCAUAUUUUAUUGUGUUAUGCAUAUUAUAAAGGAGAAUAUAGCUGUCUUAAGUUUUCUAUGUAUGUUCAUGAUUCCCCUUGAAAUUUUUUCAAAUCUGCACAAAACAGUACCUAAAAAUAUAUCUAUUGAGUUUCAGUUGUUAAAAGUAUUUGAAUAUUGUGUGAAAAAAGGCUAACAAUAAAUAAUAAUAUUUCCAUC